UGCUGAUGUUAAAGCGUGUGUGUGCCAGCGCUAGCGCAAGCACAAGCUUUGGCAACAUUGUAUUAACUUGAAAUGUUGCAGCAACAUAUAGGCAGGUGUCAUCUAUAAACGAGAGAACUUGUUAGUCUAUGUAUUAAUACGUAUUAUUUGUUUAUCUUAAAGUCUAAUUGGAACUAAAUAAUAUGGCCUUUAUUCCGAUCAGUUGCGUAUGAUAUAUAUUGCAUUGUAUUUAGAUAUUAUGCAAUGUAUUCUAUACAUAUAUCUUAUAGGCAUGUAAGUUUUACAUUUCUGCACUAAGGAAUAUUUCUUGUCCCUAAAAUUGUUUUAAACUUUAUGCUAACAUAUAGGUAUAUAACAAAUUACGCCGCUUUACUAUAAAUGCAUAUCAUUCCAUGCACUCGCCCAUUCGGAACUAAACAUAUUGUAAUUAAUUACAAAUUCGUAGCAUCAAUUAAAAUGAAUUCAAACAGAAUGUGAAAUAUUUACAUAUAAAUUAGAACUAUUCGUAGCCAUAAAUUCGUUAAAAGCUUUCGUUGUUGUACGAUUCCUCAUUCGUGUUGCCAACAAGCCUGGCAACAUUGUUGCGUGCAACAUCUGCUUGCGAAGUGGUAAUGUCAACACGCAUGCGCAGUUUGUUCAAGGUUUUGCAACAUUCUGUUUUUGGACUAUGAUGCAGAAACAUUUUGGUAGUUGCUAAUCAAUUUGAUAUGUAAAUAAAUAAUAAUACAAUAUAUUUAUAUGAACUUGGCUUAUAGCAAUAAUAAUAACCUUAAUGAUGUGGCCUUAAUCUGGCAUCAGCUUAUAGAAGUAGUCUAUGCUAUAAAUUAGCAACUUAAUAAAAGUUCUCUUCUGUAUACAUCUUUAUAUUUCUAUAUUUAUAGUUUUUAAUGUAUAGAUGCUAAUGUUAGUGGAGGCUGCCUAGAAUUACUUACAUUUAAUAUUAUUAUGAUUCUGUUGGCAAGAAGUCUGCAGAUAAGUUUAAAUGUUAUGUUAAAUAACCCGCAUUUUACAGCAUUUUGACUUAUUUUCAUAUAUUAUAAAUAUGCAAUUCUGAUAUAUAGAUAUAUUCUGAUAUAAUAAACAGUUUUAUGAGUCGCAACCGCCCAUUCGGAACUAAUGAUCCGUUAACGGAUAAUAGAUUAUUAUUUUAACUAAAUAUGAAUUACGGAUGGCUUCUGUUUCAUUAGUAAACGAGUUAUGAAGCCGAUAACUGUGCCUUUGUUGUUCGCGGUGGUAUUUGUGGUGUUCGCAUCGAUCGACUGCAAGCCUUGGAAAUCCAAGUCCCGAUUAACCAACCUCAAGUGCACCAGCUAUGAUGAGAGUUUUGCCAAGUUCGAGAAGUGCAAGCUGAAUGUCCUUGGCAGAGGCAUAAUUGCCGGCGAAAUAUACAUUUCGUUGCUUAAAUUGCCAAUCAAUAAUGUUCACAUCAACUGGAGCAUAUGGCGUCGCUACAAUACAUACCAGCCCUUUCUGCAUAAUUCCAGCUGCAAUCUUUGUGAACUUUUAAAAAAUUUAGAAAAAAAGAUUACGUUCGAGUCCUUGGUGCUGAAAGCCAUACAGUCACACUCAAACUUGAACCACACGUGUCCAUAUAAUCACGAUAUUAUUGUGGACAACUUGGUGUUCACGGACGAAAUGCUGCAAUCGCUGCCCCUACCCCAAGGGGAGUACAAAAUACAAUUGCGGUUCAUGGUUGCCAAAAAGUGGAAACUAAUGGUGGAGGCGUUCAUACUGCGAGAUGAAUAACGAAUCGCAAGAAAUAAAUAUAGUAACUGCAUUAUAUUGCAAGACAUUCACUAAUAAAGGGCAUAAAAUGAAUA